GCAAAGGGAAACCAGUGAGGAUGGAGCACUGGCUGCUGGGAGGAUUGGCAAGGAGGGGGGACACCAGCAGAGAGCUCAGUUUUGAAGGGAGGGGUCCAGACAAAUCCCACCUGGUUAGAAGGGACUGACAGAGGGUCCUCUGCCUGCAACUGUCAGAUUUCACUGGGUGCAUCAUCAUCAACAAUCACCUUAAAGAAUUCGGGUCCGUAUUAUUGCAGCACCAUCAGAACUGAACGUCUAAUUUCAUUUUGCUGUGUAUGCUGAGCAGUACAUCGUCUUGGUUUGGAAUUAAUGUAAAGCUCUGCAUUCUGAUCCGCUUGGUACUAGUCCUGCCCACAUUGUCAGGAAUGAUUCUCCUAGACAAAGGCUUAUGACCAGCAGCAGCACUGCCUGCCCAUAAUUCACCCAACUCAUCAAUACCCUGAUCUAGCUGCUGAGCUCUACCAAAUACUACACUUCAGAGCUGAAGAGAGGGGUCCAAAAUCAGCCUGGUAUCUGUGCGCCAAUUCCUGGGAUGUAGGGAUGCCCACUGUACAAAGACCGUGCCCACGCUGAUAUCACCAUGAUGCUGCCUUUACAUCUCAUUUUGGGGCCCUUGUGGCUCCUUCUUGUUGCCUGUGAGGAACCUCAGUCUGAAGGACUCUCUUCCACCUCAUUACUGGACUUAUCAACUAUAGCGGACCUGCCUUCCUCACACAAGGAGAGUGCAAAUGAAGCUGAGUUUGGAAAUCCAGGUGACCAAGAGCUGGAUGUCCUUCAAGAUCUUCUCAGUACAGCACAAGGCUCAGGCUUCUCUACCCUAGAGACAGAAGAGUCCUCCAUUCUGCAGUCCCCUCAGUAUUUUUGGGAUGAGGAGGGAAGCAAGGGCAAUGGGAGCAGUGAGGUUCCCAGUCUGAUACAAGCAGUUCCCAGGAACAGUCAUGGAGACACAAGUGAAGACAGGAGCAAAACUAGAAGUCCUACCACAGAGAGCCAGGAAACAUCUACAGCUCAGUUGUCUACACAUUCAUCUGACGAAACACACAAAAAAUUAUCUUCUGACAUCUUCACUGUCAAUACAGUUACUGUGGAGCCAACAACCCAAAAUAAUUGGGGUGCUGCAUUCCCAAGCUACAAGGAAAGGACAGUGUCUAAAACUGUAUCAACUGAUCAUACUCAUCAAACAACCAAAUUGCAUAGGAAGAACAAGAAACAUCAAGGGUCCAAGAACCAUCAGAUAAAUCAUGUUGCAGGAUCGGAACCUCCACCGGGACCUCCAGCUGGUAGUCAAGGCUCUCCUGCUAACAAACCCCUUGAAGAGCACAUGCAAGAGGAAGGCACAGAUCCCUCCACACACUUACACCCUGGUAUCUUAGAUGAGGAAAAUAUUGGUCCUCCAAAGCACAUUUCCAUUCUACACGGUGAGGGCCGUACUAAGGCUGCAGGGCCUACAGAUGUACCAUUGAGGUCUCAGCAGGUUAUUUGCAAAGACUGGAUUAAUUUAGCAGGGAAAAAUUAUGUUGUACUCAACAUGUCGGAUGAUAUUGACUGUGAAAAGUUUCGCUGGGAGAAGGGGCAUCAGCUUUUCUCUCUGCUGGAGGGUGCACUGUUCUGGAAGACUGAGGUGUCACCCAGAGAUUGGGUGAUUUUGCUGAGCAAGCCUAAUGAGAAUGACAAUCACCUCUUGAUGGCAGUCACAGAGGAGCAUAGUGUAGUUCCUGUUAAGGAUGUCUUCAGUGCCUUAGGAGACAUAAAAAGAAGUCUUGCUGAGAUCGGAAUCAAAGGCUACUCCACCACCAUUAGUUGCCAGUCACGUCCCAGCCAGCCCCGCAGUGAUUAUGGCAAACUCUUUAUUGUCUUGGCCAUUAUUGGAUCCAUCUGUUUAAUGAUCAUUAUUGCAGGAGUUAUAUAUAUCUGCUGGCAGAGGCGCCUGCCCAAAAUGAAAAACAUGGAACUGCAUUAUGUGGAGAAUGGCUGCCAUGAUAACCCCACAUUGGAUGUAGCAAUGGACGGUCAAUCUGAAAUGCAAGAGAAAAAGACAAGCCUCAAUGGUGGCACCUCUCAUCAGGUGGAUGGUUGGGAGACACUGAUCAACAAGACAUCCAGAGAGGAGGCCGAACCCAUGGAGGAAGACACCCAUCUCUAAAGACCAAUGAAAACUGCUGCAGAGGGUGCUGCAUGAUGACCCUUAAGGUCCACUGAUCCAAACUCACAGACUUUGCACCCUAGAGCUUUUCAUCUGCAGAACAUUUUUGGUUCCUAUAGCAGAGAACUGCUCAUGCUGCAGCCCUCCAGCUGUUGUUCAGCUGAAAAUACAUGCAAACCCACAAGCUGACACAUUAUAGUUUGACAGUGCCACGAUAGCACAAUUUUUAGAUGAUUGUAGUAGAAACAUACCGUUCCCUAACCUGCACCCAAACAUUUCUUGUGCCUACACUUCGUAAUGGCCUAUGAUGCACUAAAUGUAACUUUAACUUGUAUCAAAUCUUGCACCUUGUCCUCCCAAAGAUUUGUUGAGUACCUACAGUACCAAAACACCUUGGGGGAGAAAUCCAGGCCUUAAUUGUAUAAUUUUCCCACCGUAGCGUAACACUAAUGCUCUAUGAUGAUGCUUUAAUUUAGGAUAUAAGUGCAAUGCUAUUAGAACUGUAUAAUGUCUAGUUGAUGUUUUUGGACUCAGAAAGUAAUUGUGUUUUCUGGUUUUUGGUAAUUUCUUCUGUUUAUGUGGGGUUGUGUUUUUUUUUUCAAUCUUCUUAAGCAACAGCAAUUUAUGGACUUGUGUCUCAUACCAGUCGUAUUAAAGGAGAACUAAAUGCUAUGAUUACACAGAAAUACACAGUGUUCCCUCUAUGUUCUUAUAGUCCUUCUGUGCAAAAAUGUAUGAGUUGGGUUUGAGCAAGUUCUGGAUUAUGUGCGUGAAUACAAAGUUUGCUCUUUAAA